AUGUCUCAUAUACAAAAUUUAAUAGCAGAUUAUUUGAAACAUAAUAAUUAUCCAGAUACAUUAAAACAAUUUGAAAUAGAGAAUCGUAAACCUAUAACAUCGGAGAAAUUGGCUGGUGAAUCAUUGGUAGAUAUAGUUGAGGAUAGAAUAAAUUUCAAUGCAAUUACUAAAGGCACGGCCCAUUUGAAAAUUGGUUUAACUGAUGAACAACAACAAGUUUUACAAAGCGUAAUUGAGCAUUGGAAGUAUCCUUAUCCAAAUAAACCACAAGAAUUAGUCGAUUUAAAUGGGUUGGUUAUAAGUUUGAAUUAUUACCAAGGAUUGAUUUACAUUACUACUAAUGAUUCCAAAAUUUAUGUUAUAAAAGAUAAACAGAUAAUCAAAGAAAUAAAAUCAAGCAUUGUUAUUAAGAAAAUAAUACCAAUUGAAGAUAGAGUGUUAUUGUUUGGAACCAAUGGGAUAGUAUAUUUGAAAACUUUAGAUUUCAAAGAUCUUUCAGAUAUACAAGCACAUAAAAGGUUGAUUGUAGAUGGUCAAUACAUUAGACAUGGAGAAAACGAAUUUGUUGUAACGCUAGGCUGGGACUUUUACAUUAGAGUGUUUAAACUUGAAAAUGAUAAAAUUAUACAAUUAUCAGAAUUAAAAUUAUCACAACAAGGUACUUGCUUUGAUGUUACAAUUUAUGAGGAAAGACUAGUGAUUAUAGUUGGUAAAUUAGAAAACACAUUACUUGAAGUUAUAACUUUACAAAGUAAUGAAUUAAAAUGUCUUUACAAAAUAUCUAUUAAUGAUGCAGAAUUCACAUCAUCUAGUUUCUCACCAAGGUUCAUAACAAUUCAAAGAUCAGCAGUUAAACCAUUAAUUGCAGUUGCAACUUCUCACGAACCAUAUAUGAGAAUUAUAAUCGUCCCAUUGAAAGAUCUAAAUUCAAAUUCCAUAAAACGUCAACAAAUAAUUAAGAAUAUAAAUACUUUAUCACCGCAAGAUAAAUUUUCACAGCCAAUUAUUUCGUGGAGAAAAGGAACAGAUAAGAAAGUUAAUGGAUUGUGGAUAAUGGGUGAUGAUGGUGUAAUUAGAGGUAUUGAUUUAAUUGAUGAUUAUACAAUUGAAUUAAAAGAAGGUGGUCAUAAAAGUAAAAUUAAAGAAUUUAUUACAAUUAAUAAAGAAAAUCAAGAAAAUCAAGAAAUUUUGAUAACAGCAGAUAUAAAUAGAGAUAUAAUACAAUGGGUAAUUGAUUAG